GGCAUCAAGUGAAAGCACCUGAAAAGCCCACAGCCGACUCCUGGACUCGCUGCGUGGCAACCUUACAACCCCGAUGAGAAGCAUCUCACAGACCCUUUGAAGGAACCUGUGGCUGUGACCCUCUUUUUUGUCUCCUCACCGUGCGUAAAAGCGCCGUUGCGCACCCGCCCGGCUGGAUAGGUGCGUCAGAGCGCGUGUGGCAGGAUGCAGAAACGGAGCAGCGACGUCUGAAGAGAAGCUGCGCAACCAUUUUCACCGUCUGGAGGAGGAAUAAUUACGCACCAAUUGAGUAGUUUCAGAAGAAAAGGGGGUGAAGAUGGCCACGUUAAUCAGAGGAAAGCUUUCGAAUAAACUGUCAAAUGCGGCCACUGCGGUGUCCAACAAAUCGCAGGCGAAGGUGAGCGGCAUGUUCGCCAGAAUGGGCUUCCAGGCCGCCACAGACGAGGAGGCGCUGGGCUUCGCCGCCUGCGACGACCUGGACUACGACCACCGGCAGGGCAUGCAGAUGGACAUUCUGACCUCCGACGAGAUGGCGGGGGAGGGCAGCGGGGAUGGAGGCGCUCUGGAUGGGGACAGCCAUUAUCAGAGGGACGGAACCGGUCCGUCGCGCUCCGCCUCCAAGGACGGAGGUCCGACCAACGAGUUGGCCGAAGUCAGACCAAAAAUCACGGCGUGGGAAGCGGGAUGGAACGUCACCAAUGCGAUCCAGGGGAUGUUUGUUCUCGGGCUGCCCUACGCCAUCCUGCACGGAGGAUACCUCGGACUCUUUCUCAUUAUUUUCGCUGCCGUGGUCUGCUGCUACACAGGGAAAAUCCUCAUUGCUUGCCUGUACGAGGAGGAUGAAGACGGGCAGCUGGUACGAGUGAGGGACUCGUACGUGGACAUUGCCAACGCAUGCUGUGCGCCCCGGUUCCCCACCCUCGGAGGUCACAUCGUGAAUGUAGCCCAGAUCAUUGAGUUGGUCAUGACCUGUAUCCUGUACGUGGUCGUGAGCGGAAACCUCAUGUACAACAGUUUCCCCAACAUGCCCAUCUCCCAAAAGUCCUGGGCCAUCAUCGCCACCGCUGCUCUGCUGCCCUGCGCCUUCCUGAAGAACCUGAAAGCCGUGUCCAAGUUCAGCUUGUUGUGCACUCUGGCCCACUUUGUUAUCAACGUCCUGGUCAUUGCCUACUGCCUCUCCCGGGCCAGGGACUGGGCCUGGGACAAGGUCAAGUUUUACAUCGAUGUCAAGAAGUUCCCCAUCUCCAUCGGGAUUAUCGUGUUCAGCUACACCUCCCAAAUCUUCCUGCCGUCCCUCGAGGGGAACAUGCAGAAACCAAGCGAGUUCCACUGCAUGAUGAACUGGACCCACAUCGCCGCCUGCAUUCUCAAAGGUCUCUUCGCCUUGGUGGCCUACCUGACAUGGGCUGACGCAACCAAAGAGGUCAUCACAGACAACCUCCCCCCGGGUAUCCGCGCUGUGGUCAACAUCUUUCUGGUGGCGAAAGCCUUGCUGUCCUACCCGUUGCCGUUUUUCGCUGCAGUCGAGGUUCUAGAGAAAUCCUUUUUCCAGGAUGGCGGCCGAAAGUACUUCCCGGAUUGCUACGGCGGCGACGGACGCUUAAAAUCCUGGGGACUGACUCUCCGAUGUAGCCUUGUGGUGUUCACCUUGCUCAUGGCCAUUUACGUGCCACACUUCGCCUUGCUCAUGGGCCUCACCGGCAGCCUGACGGGAGCAGGCCUGUGCUUUCUGCUUCCCAGCCUCUUCCACCUCAAGCUGCUCUGGAGAAAGUUACAGUGGCACCAAGUUUUCUUCGACGUGGCCAUUUUUGUAAUAGGGGGUAUAUGCAGCAUUUCGGGAUUCAUCCACUCCAUGGAGGGGCUCAUAGAGGCUUUUAAGUACAACAUAGAAGAGUAGAUCCACGUCGAUGUAGACGACCCCCCCCCCCAUUUUAGUGGUUAAAAAACAACUUCCUGGGCGAGCGCUGCCACGAUGGAGGACCGGACCGUGAAUGAGGCUCAUAAGUCAGUGACACAGUACCGGUCAACACGGGGUUUAAGGUACUUUUCACAAAUCUAAAGAGACAUAACUUGAUUUCAGCGAUGACCCAAAUCCACGUCAAACCAUUAUGGUAUCUGUGACGCAGUCAAACCUCUGUAUCACCUUGUAUUAUCUAUCCAAAAUGUAGCAUCAGUAAGUUUAUAACGGAUAAGAAUUCUGAGGUAAAGAUAGAAAGAAUAUGCCUUUCAGCUGAAAUACUCCACAUUUAAUGGACUUGAAUCAUGAAAUUGUAGUUACCUGGAUGUAACUCCAGCUCGAUUUCUGACACGCUCUGCCCUCUAAUGGCUUUGCAAAUGGCUUAUCCUUUGUAGAAGGACGGAAGGGAGAAGCCAUGAGUGAAACCUGCUAGCAUGUACGAAAUACAAGAGCCAGUGGUUUGUUAAAAAUUGGUGAGAAAUAGAACUUCUAUUUGAAGUAAUCAGGGCUCAUGCCUAGCUCCAUUGACAAAGGAGAAUCGUAAGAUCGUAACAGUCACCCUAAGUUUGUAAUACAAAGUAUCUUGUACUAGUUUUGACUAACGCAAAAAAUGUUUUAGCAUUUAGCAAUUAAGUCGCCGCGUACAAGCUUGAGGCAUUUGACUUACGGGAGGCUGCGGGCUGCAACGACUCCGAUCCAAGUUCGGAUCAAGGCCCCUGAGCUUGACUCCCUUCAUCCGACAACUCAACAAUUCAACAAGUCUUUCCACAUCAUGUAGAGACGCAAGCGUUCUGCCGACGUCACGGUCUGGUCCUCCGAUCACACCUGCUUACUUCAUGCGUAAAAAGCGCGCGCAGCACAUCUUCAUAAACAGCCUUCGCACACAUGGUAAAAGCUGAGAGUGUGUGUGUGUGUGUGCGUGUGUGUGUGAGGAAACACACUCGCCUCACUAUAUGGACAGUAAAUGUUGUACAAAUGAAUCCAAAAGUACAUCGACGUAUUUUUCAGUGGAGUAAACGUUUACAACAUUCAAAUGCAAAAAGGAGCGUCGGUGGCCGCGAGACGAGAUUUCACUUCACGACAGGAUUAAGUGUUUGUUUCAAAUUUGCUAUCGAGGCAGUGAAUGUGGGGGAGGAGCCAGGAUGGACAGAAAUAUUUGCAUAAUAAGGGUCCCUUUAUGAAGCAGUAGUUGAAGGAUACAGAUGUGGGCUCACAAUUUCUGUCAUACCAAACACUCCCAUGAAUAUUUAUUCUGAGCAAUAUGGCUGCCAAGACUGUUACAAACCAUUCAGAGACGAAACUUAACAUGUACAAAUUGAAACAAAGCAUUAGCUAAUAGUAUUGCUUUCAUAACAGUAACCAGGAAUGUUGUAGAUAGAUAACUAUUGAAUUAGAUGAAUAAGAAAUGUAAAUAAAUGCAUAAUAAACAAUCAAAAAAAUAGGUUUCAUCCUUAAAAAAAAGCCAAAUUGUGAGCCCAAAUCUUGUACUUUAUUUAGAAAAGAAGAAAACUAUGAAGGGAUUUUUAUUAUGAGCUGGUACUUUUACUUUUGGACGUGUUUGGACCUUUUCGGAGCAAAUACAGGAUGUGCAAAAUAAAUUAAAUCCAAUACAAAGCAGCUAUUCAAACUAUGCAUUGAAUGUAUUAUACUUCACAAAACACUAUGGGAAAUUACUUUGUUUUUCUUCUGUGUAAAAAGUGUAUUAAUAAUCCAAACUGGCUACGUGAUUUGGACCUAAAUAGAUACCACAAAAAUGAACAUUCUUGCUCCUAGAUCAACAUCUCCAUCACUAAUAGGUGGCCUGUUCUCAAACAAAACCUCCUGUGUGCAAAUUUGGUGUUCCAAGGGGAAAAAAGAAAAAAAAACAAAUCUUGAUUUAAGGAAAAUGUGGAAGACAUUUUUCAUUAUGUGCAAUCAAAAUGGGGUCCUGUGGAAAUGUUAUCAAACCGUAUGUGUAGUGUGUUCUUGUGGUUUCAAAAAGAUGGAAUGUAUAUCUCAAAGUCGUUCUCAUAUAUUGUGAAGAUUAAUAUUAAAGAAUAAAGACUAAGUGAAAUUAUAUUGUAAAAAGAAACGUGUGUGAUUUUAUGUAAAACCGUCUCCAAAAAAAAAAAAAAGGAAAGGAACAGAUGGUGUAUUUUUUUCCCCCUCGAUAAUAAAAGAAAGAAAAUAGAUGGUUGUUU